AAACUUGCAAUUUCAAGGUAAAGAUUGAUAAGGUAAUGGGAUAACAAAGUCAAAUGAUGAACAUCCAGCUGCUAAGAUACUUGUAGAGUUGGCAGAGCUUCAAGAUCGAGUAGUUGGAGAUGGGACUACUUCUGUUGUUAUUGUUGCUGCAGAAUUGAUCAAGAUAGCAAAUGAGAUGGUCAAGAAUAAGAUACACCCAACAUCUAUAAUCAGUGGAUACAGACGUGCAAGCAUGUCGAAGAAAAACUAGCAGUGAAGUGACCCCUAAAAGAGAGCCACAGAAAACUGCAUACUGGAACUGAACACUACGAUUGAACAUUCCUUCAAGUUAACAACAAAGAACUCAAUGUUGCAGAAGCGCUAAUCCUAUCUCCAAAUAAAGCUAAGUAUCUACCUGCAUCUAUAAUUUUAAAAGAUGGUACCUAUCAGUGAUGUGUGCUGGGUAAUCUUAGUAUAUUUAUAGUUGUGAAUGAAUGUUAGUAUUCCUACAUGUUGUCAUCCUUGAAUUAACCAAUCGUAAGCCUCAACUCUUGAUACAUGGCUAAUUACUGGCACUUCAUAAUUUAGUUUCUUUUCAAGUACAGACUUUGAAUGCCCGCUCUAUAGCCAUUCUCAUGUCGAAGUUAGAUCGAAGUGGCACCACAUCAAGCCUUGUUCCUGUUGUAAAUGGAGCUUCCCUUGCUCUACCAGCAACAUCAGUUCUUGGUGUUGCACCUGCCAUCAACCCACUAGCUGCUGCACUUGGACAAGCUUCUAUACCUGCACUACCUGGUUUACCAGGUUCCCUUCCGGUUACUGCAGUAUAUGUGCCUCCUAUUGAUUCUGUGGGUGUCCCAAGUGAAUGCCUAAUACUGAAGAAUAUGUUCGAUCCAACAUCUGAGACUGAACAUGAUUUUGAUUUGGAUAUUAAAGAUGACGUUCAAGAUGAAGUUUCAAAGUUUGGGACAGUAAAACAUAUUUUUGUGGACAAGAAUAGUGCUGGGCAUGUGUACCUGCGGUUUGAUACUACAACAUCAGCCAUGAGUGCGCAACAUGCUCUUCAUGGAAGAUGGUUUGCUGGGAAGAUGAUAACUGCAGCAUACAUGGUUAAUUGAAUGAUGCUCUGUUGUGAGAUCGGAAAGGUUGGAGAACAAAGCAGCAAAGCAGCAACCAUUAGGUCCCUUAGCAGCUGCAAGAUUUGUAAGUUAUAAUGUAGUAUCUCCUUAUAGAGAUUUAAGUUAGAAGAACUUAGGAAUUUCAGAACUUUAUACAAACUGAACUUAGGAACUAAGUAAGUUUAUGUGUAUGUCCAUUAAAUGAAUGACAUAGUUUGUAUCAAAUACUCGUACUUGUUGUUAACUUCAAUUGAAGAAUUCUU